AUGGGGGAAGAAAGAUCAGGGGAUGUGUGGGUCCACGGCCAGCCACCAGGUGGUGUUGUCGGGCCAGGGAUUUUUUGCUCAGUCUCCCCUCAAGCUUAUGUGAACUAUUGGAUUAGAGAGACAUCUUCAGUGGAAAGGAACAUGUCCAUCUUUACUGGCCUGUCUUUAGAGGGAGAGGUCCGACAAUGUGGCUACCUCCACUCCUUCCGUCAUGGUCAAGAGUGUGGGGAGCCAAAGCUCCCCCUAAACCUCCCUCCCCCUGUGAAUACCUAUGUUGCUGACACAGUGACACUUGAUUCAUCUGAAACUAGCAUGAUGACAAAUUUUGGGAAGCGUUUGAAUGGAGAAAUCAGGAGAGCCAAUCAAGUUUUGACUCCUCUUCAGCUGAAGAAACUUUCUGAACACAAGUAUAACUGUGAUAGUAAAAGCCUUCUGGAUCCCUUUCUGCAGCCUUACUGGAACUGGCUUGUGAAGCAGGUCCCAGUAUGGAUGGCACCAAACUUCAUCACAAUUUCUGGUCUCCUUGUAAAUGUUGUGACCUCCCUUAUCCUCUUCUUCUACAGUCCAGAUGGAGUUCACCCACCUCCUAGAUGGGCAUGCCUCCUGUGUGCAGCAGGUAUAUUCAUCUACCAAAGCUUGGACGCUAUAGAUGGAAAGCAAGCUCGGAGAACUGGCUCUUCAAGUCCUCUUGGAGAGUUAUUUGACCAUGGUUGUGAUGCUAUCUCAUCAGUUUUCAUAUCAAUAGCAGCUUGCAUCGCAGUAAAGCUUGGUGAAUAUCCAGGCUGGAUGUUCUUCCAGUGUUUUUCUGCCAUGGCCCUUUUCUACUGUUCUCACUGGCAGACUUAUGUCACAGACGCACUCUACCUAGAGCUCCUGAAGAAUGGAGUUAUAAAUGAGAAGCUAAACUGA